AUGUCGUCGCAAGUUGCUUUCUUCUUCGUCGCUUCCGCUCUCCUCGGCGUGGGUGCGGCUCAAACCUGCCCGCUCGGAAACUGCACGACUGCCAGCUUCCAAGCUCUCUUCAAGAAUGUCACGGCCUUGUCUGACUACAGCUCAGGCUCGCAGGCCAUUGCUGAUUACCAAAUUACAUACUUGAACGGCUCGAACAAUGUCUGCGAGAUGGACAUCAAAUGUGGUGUUACAACCCCCGCAACUUCACUUGCCGUUUUGGCUUUCAUGGAUGGGACCGUAACUGAUUGGACGAUCCGUGAUACCGUAUUCGCGUGCAAAUCGGUCAGCUCCAUGGCCCAGGGUGUCAAAGUGGCCUGUGAUGGAAAGCAAGUGUAUCGCGCAUGGACGGCUGGACGCAAUUUCCCGCUGCGGACGAUCGUCUGCUUCCAGAUGCCAAAUUUCAAUAAUGCGCCGGGACUACCGAAUUGCGCCUGGGGGCAAUGGGCGACGAUCUCGACCUGUACGGCUACAUGCGGGAUGAAGGGGCAACAGAUGCAGCAGCGGGAAUGUGUCUCGGAAGCUUUUGGAUGUCCUUGCACAGGCGCCUACUUCCGGAACCGUGAUUGCCCUGACGCGAUGUGCACGUUUCCCGAUUCGACCUGUGCGGAUGGGUAUACAAAGCAACUCAACACGGUCAAAAAGAAGUACACCUGCCAAGCAACCACCAAUACCACAGAUCCCCCUGCCAAUCCGGAUUUUACCUGUGCAAUGACCGAAACCGUGCCAUGCCCAAGGGUCAAGCCAACCGGAAUGUGGUCAAAUUGGAAGCCCGUCGCUGACCAGACCUGUACGGCUACUUGCGGAAGAUAUGGGACGGUUGAUCAAGUACGGACCUGCUUGAGCACUAACGUCGUGAAUUGCACAGGCAUCACCACUCGGACGAUCAGAUGCCCGCAGUUUCCUUGCCCCAACCGGACCUGCUGGCAGAACGUUGCGAUUGUGGCUAGCGGCACCGCCUACAUGGUGUGCCCGACCUCGUCUUGUCCGGCUGAUGGCGGUGGCGCUUGGGGCGAGUGGACCUCAAUCACAGCCUGCACCGCCGCUUGUGGAAUGAAGGGCCAGGUGUCACAGCAGCGAACUUGUGUCUCCGAGACGUUCGGAUGUCCUUGCAACGGCGCCACCUCGCAGGUGAUCGAUUGCCCGCCAGCGCUCUGUGUGGCACCGGCGACCAUAUGUGCGACGGGAUAUGCACGAAAGUUAAACACGGCUACAAACACCUACACUUGCCAAUCAACAACUCCUGUCGAUGCACCGCCGGCCAAUCCAAAUUUUAGUUGUGCAAGAACUCAAUCCGGCUACUGCCCUCGCACUCCCAGUCGAGGUAUCUGGUCUGGAUGGUCAACAGCUUCGGGAGCCACCUGCUCCGCGACUUGUGGAAAGAAAGGAACGAUCGCUCAAACACGAACUUGUCUAACUUCCUUGUCGCAGCCUUGCACCGGGAUCAGCAGUCGUACAAUCACUUGUCCGAAUUAUCCUUGUCCUGACGGGAGCUGUGUGCAGAACCAAGUGGUGCGCACCUACAACAUCAAUGGCGAGCUAAAAACAAUGUGUGGUGUGACAGGAAUCGAGGUCACGUCUGGGUGCUAUCCAAAUGGCUGUAACUAUGCGCCUACUAGUACGACAACUGCUGCUCCCACGACAACUACCACAGUGGUGCCAGAUUCAUGCGAUAUCUGCAACGACAGGACAGGAUUUGAGGCGCUGCUUGGCCCAUGCGCAGAUGCGGCGGAGGAGGCUAGAGCUCCGAAUUGCACGCUUAAUUUGAGCACCAUUUCCGGUCAAUGCUGGGCCAGCCUGAGCUGCGUUGGGCAGACGACAGACCUCGUGGAAAUUCUGGUAGUUGGAGCAGCUGGGAGGCUAGUGCCUCUCGCCGACGAUUCCGCCUGCCAAUCGGUUACGACAGAUAAUGCCGGAGCGGAGAGCAUCUACUGUGGAUCGAACGGGAGCUGGAUGUACAAGAACGCGGCUGCUGGUGACAAGCCGAUCACCCAAUUGCUCAUCGAUACAUACCCAAAUGCCGACGACGAGGGCACCGGAUUGCCCUGUGGCUCG